GUGCGCGCCUGGGCAGGGAACAUGGACUUCGCCCGCCUGUGGCUAGGGUUGCUGCUGCCUUCGGUAGCUGCGCUGGAUUUCGGCUACCACCACCAGGAAGAGAUGGAAGCGUUUUUGAAGAAUGUGGCCCAAAACUACAGUUCUAUCACUCGCUUACACAGUAUUGGGAAGUCUGUGAAAGGCAGAAACCUGUGGGUUCUUGUCGUGGGGCGCUUCCCAAAGGAGCACAGGAUUGGGAUUCCAGAGUUCAAAUACGUGGCCAACAUGCACGGAGACGAGACUGUUGGGCGGGAGCUCCUUCUCCACUUAAUUGAACAUCUGGUAACCAAUGAUGGAAAAGACUUUGAAAUCACAAAUUUAAUCCACAGCACCCGGAUACACUUCCUGCCUUCAAUGAACCCAGAUGGAUUUGAAGCGGUCAUGAAGCCUGACUGUUUUUACAGUAAUGGAAGGGAAAAUAAUAACUACUAUGACCUGAAUAGAAAUUUCCCCGAUGCUUUUGAAUUUAAUAACGUGUCAAGGCAGCCUGAGACUGUGGCUGUCAUGGAGUGGCUGAAAACAGAGACGUUUGUCCUCUCUGCAAACCUCCACGGCGGCGCCCUGGUGGCCAGUUACCCGUUUGACAACAGUGUUCCAGCGACGGGGACGUUACAUUCCCAUAGCUUAACCCCUGACGACGAUGUUUUUCAACACCUUGCACAUACCUACGCUUCAAGAAAUCCCACCAUGAAGAAAGGAGACCAGUGUAAAAACAAAAUGAACUUUCCUAACGGAAUCACAAAUGGCUACUCCUGGUAUCCACUCAAAGGUGGAAUGCAAGAUUACAACUACAUCUGGGCCCAGUGUUUUGAAAUUACGUUGGAGCUGUCAUGCUGUAAAUAUCCUCAUGAGGAGAAGCUUCCAUUCUUCUGGAAUAAAAACAAGGCCUCAUUGAUUGAAUAUAUAAAACAGGUUCACCUAGGUAUAAAGGGUCAAGUUUUUGAUCAGAAUGGGAAUCCAUUACCCAAUGUAAUUGUAGAAGUCCAAGACAGAAAACAUAUCUGCCCUUAUAGAACCAACAAAUUUGGAGAGUAUUAUCUUCUUCUCCUGCCUGGGUCCUAUGUAAUAAAUGUUACGGUCCCUGGACAUGAUCCAUACCUCACAAAGGUGGUUAUUCCAGAAAAACCCCAGAACUUCAGUGCUCUUAAAAAGGAUAUUUUACUUCCCUUCAGAGGACAACUGGAUUCUAUCCCAGUAUCAAAUCCUUCAUGUCCUGAGAUUCCUCUGUAUGGUGAUUUGCCAAGCCACUCAGCUGCAACAAAGCCUGGUCUGUUCUUAUUUUUAGUGACUGUCUUUCACAUAUUUGUCAAAUAAAGCAAAAUGUGAAACACAAGCCCCAUCAUCACCUGGAAUCAGGGAUUACUCACGCCAGGUUACUGCAACUCUUUUAACUCCCUCUGUGGGACCUUGACUCAAGAAACGCCAUGGUCCUUUCCUAAGAAGAGAAAUGGUUGUUUUCAAACCACAACAAGCAAUGUGUGGUGAUAAUAAAGGAAUGACUUAAUCGUGAUGAAUGGAAGAAACCUACCUUUCAGGUACUGUCCACUUAACACUUAACCUUGAAGUUGUCUUAGAAAUUUAACUUGAGAAUCAAGGAAGAAGUUCCUGCAAGAAAAAAACAGAGCAAAUUUUGUAUACAGAGAGCCAGAUGAAUAUAAGCCAUAAAGAUGAACAUUCACUGAUUACCUACUAUCUACAAAACCUGGCCAUGAGUGUGGUAUGUGAAGAUAUAGUAAGUGCCGUAUGUAAUUACUUCUCAGCACAGGGAGAAAGGAUAGGACUAGGAAUAUUUCAUGUCACAGAUGUUCUAAGGAAAUAGGAGUGGAGAGAGGCAACCGUGUCUCAGUGGCCCAAGAAAAACAAUAUGGGCCUGAUGGGAUGACAAGGUUCUAGAUACAGAGCCCCAAAACAGGUCAGUUAACCUUUCUGCACUCAGAUGCCAGUUCUGUUAUGCUGAGGACCUCCAAAUGUGUAACUCUAGCAGCUUGCCUGAGCGUCAAACUCAAGUCCAACUUCCCACUGUACAUAUCCACCUGGAUGUGACCCACUGGUACCUCAAACUCAUGUUGAAAUGGAAUGUAUUUUUCUCCCUGGAGCUGCUCUUCCCCCUGUACUGUCUCUGGUACCAGCAAACUAGAAACCCAAGAGCCAUCCUUGAUGCUUUCUCCUCCUCCCUCAGCCCGUAUAUUCAGUCAGUCACUAAAGAUUGAUGUGAAUUAUAAAUGUUGGUUGAUUCUCCGUGUGUGUGUGGCUGGUAACAUUGUCAGUUUAGGCCAUCAUGACUCACUGGCCCCACUGCAGCAGUCUUACUGGUCUCUUGCGCCCAGCCUUCUCUUCAAAUCCAUCUUCACACAGCACUGGGGAGGACGGUCUACUCAACAAGCAACAACAAUCAACUUGCUUAUGGUUCCUGUACACUUAAUGCACGGUUUGUGUCCCGUAUCUGAAUACCAUUCUGACCCACCACUACGUUUUCUUUCUCACUCCUUUAAACUCCGUUCCGGUGUCAACUCCUCCAGGAAGCCUUUGCUGACCUUCAUCCCUCCCAUUCCACUCCCUCCCAGUCAAUCUGGGAACCUUCCCUCUUUGGUACUCAAAUUAAAUGGGUUACCUCUAUUAUGAAUUUACAACUGUAUUAUAAUCUUCUACUUUCAUGUGUGAUUUUCCCUAAUAGAAUGUGAGCUUUGAGGCCAGGGUCUAUUUAAUUAGUUUGAAAAAUACAUUUUUUUUAUCUUCAGAGCCCAGUACUUAGUAGAAACUGAACGAAUGAGUGAACAAAGAGUUCUAUGAACCUACUACACCCAAUCUCUCCCAGAAACUGUGUUGGGCUUUGAGUCAUUUUGUCAAAUGAAGUCCUAUGCUUUGGCAAUCUCUAGCUCAGUAGCAACACUCAGAAGAGUUUUCAAAUACGUAUCAACAAGUAAAUUCAAAUAUGGUGUUUUUAUUGUGCUUUGCAUUUAUCCUAAGGUUCAUAGUAAAUUAUGUUACCUGUUAACAACACAAACUACCUAUUAAUUAGAAAACAAAAUUUUUACCAUUAGUACUCAAUUGAAACAACUGUUCUCCACUAUCAUAGUUAACCUAUCUUAAAACAUUUUAUAUAAGAAUUAAGGGGGAAACAAACCAAAAAAGAGCAACUCCUAAGCAGAUUUCUAAGUGCUAUGUAUUGCUCAUGGACUGUGAGUUGCCUUGGUUCUUUAAAUUGAAAGUUCUCUAGGAUCUGAAAACAAAGCUAUGCGGUGCUUGGUAUGUGAUGAAUGCGUGAGAACCACAAAUGAGUGGGAGAUACCUGGGCACUUAGGAGCUCUUCCUGUGCCAAUCAUACUUGUUCAUCUAAACAGAAUUUGUAGUCUUUUUAUCUCUUAUAAAAUCUGGUAAUAACUUGAAUAUCUGGAUCAUUUUUAUUUAAAUAAACAGUAAUUUAUUAUGUACUUGAUGUAUCAAUAUUACAGAAAUGAUUUUGGUAUGCUACAAAGCACAUAAACUCGAUUUACCAUCAAGCCUUAUUUUUCAGUCAGACAUUCUGAGUCCUAACUUUUCUAAGAUACCAAUUUUCAAAGGGACAUGAACCAAAAUCUGAACUGGUUCAGCCUUAAUGUAAACUCCUUAAGGAAAUAAUGUUUUUCAAAAUCAGAAAUUUUAUCAAACUUAAAAUCAUUUAGAGACAAGUAAACUCCUUAAGGAAAUAAUGUUUUUAAAAUCAGAAAUUUUAUCAAACUUAAAAUCAUUUAGAGACAAGUAAAGCAAUCUCCAAACCAAAUCUAAACCAAACCUGAAUUUAAUACAGAGCACGUUCAGGGUACAUAUUUUGCGGCAAAGUGCUCAGAAGUAAACUUUGUAGUGAGGGCUUAGUAUGAUUGAAUCUCCACUAACCAAGUUAAGUGUCCAAAGGGAGAAACCACCAUGUACUUCCAACCAUACUCAGACCAGAGCCCCAAAUCUCCGCUCAUGAAAUCUUUCCUACUAUCCUCUUACCCUCUUAGACUGGUGGUUAUGCUCCUCAGGUCCUAAGUUCAGGUAUAAUUCCUUUUAUGGAGGAAACAACAUGGUAAAGGUUUACAAGAUAGAGAAAAGAAGAUAGAAUGCAGGAGUCAAAUUUUAAUUAGAAGGCAAGAACCCUGAGUUCAAACCCACCCCACAUUCAGUUUCCUUACCUGUUAAAUGAAGGCCCCUGCUUGACUGAUUCUGUGACUAUCAAAAGCAGUGGUUUAAGAUGCCAUUAUUUUGAUGUCCUUUUUGGUACUUGCCCAGGCAGAGAAAGGAUAACUAACACUAGGUGACAUAAAUAUUUUGAAAGCAGCAUAAU